AUGGACAAAGGCCUGCGGAGCAUAUCAGAAUUAUCUUUAGAUUCAACCCUUCACGCCAUCAAUCUUCAUUGCAAUAACAUCUCCAAGAUCGAAGCCAUUGAUCACAUCUGGAAUUUACGACAUUUAGAUCUGUCAUCUAAUCAAAUAAGCCAAAUUGAAGGGCUAAACACACUGACAAAACUGCGCACUUUAAAUUUGUCCUGCAAUUUGAUCACAAGAAUAGAAGGACUUGAAGAACUAAUCAAUCUGACUAGGCUAAAUUUAUCUUAUAACCACAUAAGUGAUCUUAGUGGGUUGAUCCCCCUUCAUGGAAUUAAGCAUAAACUUAGAUAUAUUGACCUACAUAGUAAUUGUAUAGAUAGUAUUCAUCACUUACUUCAGUGUACGGUAGGAUUACACUUUUUGACCAAUCUUAUUUUGGAGAAAGAUGGAGAGGAUAAUCCUGUCUGUCGUCUACCAGGGUACAGAGCAAUUAUUCUCCAGACUUUACCACAGCUUAGAAUCCUAGAUUGUAAGAACAUAUUUGGUGAACUGGUAAAUAUGGCAGAAAUUAAUUCAUCACGCCUGCAGAGCUUAGAAGGUCUUUUGGAUAAUUUAGUUUCUUCUGAUUCUCCCCUCAAUAUAAGUGAAGAUGAGAUCACUGAUAAUAUGCCAGUGGUAACAGCACCCAUCGAUGAGUUAGCUCCCUUGGAGCAGUUUGCAAGUUCACCAGCAGAUACUGUUUUGCCAUCUUUUACAUCUGUAUGUCCAUCUUCUGAGCCAGAGAAAAUUAAUCAUGAAAGCGAUUUUCAGAAUGAGAUGAAACUUCAGAAAUUAGAUAAUCAAAUUUUACAGCUUCUCAAUGAAACUUCUAAUUCAAUAGAUAAUGUUCCCGAGAAAGACCUCAGACCAAAAAGAGACACAGAUGUAACUUCUGAGAGUGACUAUGGAAACAGAAAAGAAUGCAAUAGAAAAGUUCCUCGGAGAUCGAAAAUCCCAUAUUAUGCCAAAACUAUUCAAACUAUUAAGCACCACAGUAAAAACUGCAACUCUUUUGUAAGUUGUAAUCGUAGAAUGAAACAACCUUACUUUAAAGAUUUAUAUGUAAGAUCAUCUUUAGCGAACUGUCAUGUAUUACAAGAAUCAGAAGAACCAAAGACUGAAAUGAUUAAAGUAGAUAGAAGUGGCUCAGAAGACAAUACUUACCGGUCUCUUGUUGAACAGCUAGACCAAGAGAGAGAAAAGAGAUGGAAAGCUGAGCAAACUGAAAAGAAACUUAUGGAUUAUAUUGAUGAACUGCAUAAACAUGCAAAUGAAAAACAAGAUAUUCAUAGCCUGGCUCUACUUACCACAGAUAGGCUAAAGGAAAUUAUUUUUAAAGAGAGAAAUUCCAAAGCACAACUCGAAGUUAUGGUUCACAAACUUCAAAAUGAAAUUAAAAAACUAACUAUUGAACUAAUUAAAGCAAGAGAUCAACAACAGGAUCAUCUUAAACAUUUAAGAACCCUGGAAAAAACAUUAGAAAAAAUGGAGAGACAAAAAGGGCAGCAGCAGGCGGCACAGGUUAAAGAUGGUUUUGAAAAUGUUGCAACUGAGUUAGCAAAAAGCAAACACGCUCUCGUUUGGGCUCAACGAAAAGAAAAUGAGUCUUCCUCUUUAAUUAAAGAUCUGACCUGUAUGGUGAAGGAACAAAAAACAAAACUCGCAGAAGUUUCUAAAUUGAAACAGGAAACAGCAGCAAAUUUACAGAAUCAAAUCAACACCAUUGAAAUUUUAAUUGAAGAUGACAAGCAAAAGAGUAUUCAAAUAGAACUUCUAAAGCAUGAAAAAAUCCAGCUUAUUUCCGAGCUAGCAGCCAAGGAAUCACUAAUUUUUGGUUUAAGGACUGAAAGAAAAGUAUGGGGACAUGAGCUGGCACAACAGGGGUCUUCUCUAGCCCAAAAUCGUGGAAAAUUGGAGGCCCAAAUUGAAAGUUUAUGUAAAGAGAAUGAAUCUCUGCGAAAGGAAAAUGAAAGUAAUUGCAAUACAUUAAGAAUAAAGAGCAAAAUCAUAGAAGACCAAACUCAAACCAUUAGAAAACUAAAAGAUUGUUUACAAGAAAAAGAUGAACACAUCAAGAGAUUACAAGAAAAGAUCACUGAAGUAGAAAAAUGUACUCAAGAACAACUUGACGAAAAAUGUACACAGCUGGAUAAUGUACUUGAGAAAUUGGAAAAACACAAUGAAAGGAAAGAAAAAUUAAAACAACAGUUGAAAGUAAAGGAAGUAGAACUUGAAGAAAUUAGAAAAGCUUACAGUACACUUAAUCAGAAGUGGCACGAUAAAGGAGAACUUCUGUGUCAUCUUGAAACACAAGUAAAAGAAGUGAAAGAAAAAUUUGAAAACAAGGAAAGGAAACUUAAAGCAGAAAGAGACAAAAGUAUUGAACUACAAAAGGAUGCAGUAGAAAAGCUUCAUAGUAUGGAUGAUGCCUUUAAAAAACAAGUUGAUGCAAUUAUUGAAGCUCAUCGAGCUGAAAUUAAACAACUGGCAAGUGACAAACAAAAAUGUAUUGAUUCUGCAAAUUUAAAGGUUCAUCAAAUUGAAGAAGAAAUGCGUGGACUUCUGGAAGAAACAUGCAAAAACAAAAAAACAAUGGAAGCAAAAAUUAAGCAACUUGCUUUUGCUCUAAACGAAAUUCAGCAGGAUAUGUGA